CAAUAUAAUAUAUUGCUUUUCACACCCUUCUCUAAAUUAGUUCUGAGAUCUUCAUGGAGAAGAAAGUCACCUUCAAAAUUGUGCUUAUUAUUUUGGUUCUUUCCUAUGCAUAUGUUGCUGCUGUACCUUCAACUAGGCUCUCCAUGACCAAAGAGAUGGAUAUUGAUCUUCAGGUUAAGGAGGAUUUGGUUAUGGACUUAGGCUAUAAUAAUGAGAAGCUCUUUGACAUGAAGGAUGAGUUUGAAGAAGGAAGAAUGAUGAUGGAUAUUUCAGAUUAUCCUGGCACAGGACCAAAUCAUCGUCAUGACCCAAAACCUCCUGGAAAAGCAUGAAUACUUAAAUUUCCACCUUUUUGAAAAUGAAGGACUGUAAUAGUUUUGAUUGCCCUAGUUUGCUAUU